CCCCACCUCCCCCGCCUCCCGCCUGACGGGCACGGUGGUCGACGUGGGCGAGGGGGUGACUCACAUCAUCCCGGUGGUGGACGGGUUCGUGCUGGGGGGCGCCAUCAAGAGCCUGCCACUGGCGGGGCGGGCGGUGACGGGCUUCGUGCAGCAGAUGACACGUGAGCGCGGCGAGCCGGUUCCCCCCGACCACUCGCUGGAGGUGUGUCGGCGGCUGAAGGAGGGGCACUGCUACGUGGCGCCCGACAUGCUGCGAGAGUUCGGGCGCUACGACCGGGACCCCGCCAAGUACAUGCGGCAGCUGAAGCUGAACAACCCGCGGACGGGGGCGGAGUUCUCGGUGGAUCUGGGUUACGAGCGCUUCCUGGCUCCGGAGAUCUUCUUCACCCCCGGCAUCUGCCCCUCCGCACCCCCGGGGACACCCUCGCUGCCCAGGGCGGUUGAUGACGUCAUCCAGGCCUGCCCCAUCGACACCCGCCGGGCGCUGUACGGCAAUGUCGUACUCAGCGGCGGAUCCACCAUGUUUAAAAACUUUGCUCGGCGGCUGGCAGCCGACAUGACAGCUGCCACCUCGCGUCGCCUGCAGCCGGGGGCCAAGGCAAUCGACAUCACGGUACGCAGCCACCCCAUGCAGCGCUUCGCGGUUUGGUUCGGGGGCAGCCUGGUGGCUUGCGACCCGGGUUUCGGAGCGGUGUGCCACUCGCGGGAGCAGUACAUGGAGCAUGGACCCAGCAUCUGCCGCAGCAACUACGUAUUCCGAGAGGUCUGAAGCGGGGGGGGGUUUCAAAGACCAUACCAAACCAUAGGAGACCACAAAGUCUGAAGCGGGGGGGGGGGGCGGGCCUGGACCUGGGGUGGUGGUGGUGGUGGGAAGAUGUUGUUGGGGUUUGUUGCCUUGCGCCGUGGCGAAGUUGUUAGAAGUGGGAUGGGGCAGUUGGCGGAAGGAAGGAGGUAGAAACGCGUGCGGGCAACGGUUAACCAUUUGCAGUCCGGUUUUAAUUCGUGGGUAUCCUUUGUUGUUACUGUUUCGCUGUUCCGGUCAUUAGGAAGGUAGUCCUAGAGGGCAGGAUCGGACGGAUUUGCCGUGCCAAGGGCUCUGCUGACCCAUGGGUCAGCUGCGUGGUGGAAUGAAUGGCUCACAAUCAUGAUUAUGAACUCCUGUAAUGCCUACAACCCA